AAGUGUUUAAAAAUCUCCCUACCAGAAAAAUAACAUGAGAUUAGAAAAAAAAAUUGUUUUGUAAAUUCAAGGUGAUAACACAAAGAAUUCUUUCUAUAUUUCCUCAGUACUUUCUGGUCCACAACAGGAUAAUUGUGCGCCAUACUGACUCAUCAAUAACUCUGCAGUCACUUCUAUCUACUGGUAUUUAGUCCCAGCAAAAAAGCAUCUAUGGCGUUCUAAGAACACUUCACCAAAAAAAUAAAUACGUUUAUGAUUCAUUUCCAAAAUGAUUGAGCACACAUGGUUUCAAAAUGGCCAAUAAACUCCCUCUUUGAUUGAGGUUCUUUGCAUUAGGAGGUGUUAGCUCACCUUCUCUGUGUGUUUUAAAUGACUGUGUUAAUAUAAGAUUGAAACACUGAAUGACCUUAUAGCCCCUGACCAUGUCACUUAUUAAAAAAUCUGCAUCAGCCAACAAAGGAAUCGGCAGGUAAGGCUUCUUAAAAAUCGGUCAGAAAACUUCACUCCUGAAAAAAAUUCCCUUAUUACAGCAACAUUUCAAACUUUAAGUUGGCAUGCUCACAAGUGACUGACACCGAGAACAUAUUUACCACGUCUGACUUUGCAGAAGCAAAACAUUUCUCUUUUUUUUUUUUUUUUUAACAGCUCCAGUUUGAUUUGCACACACUUUUAGAAAAUGAUUCCCCUCUGUAAAGCCCACAAGUUAAUCUUUAUUCACUCUAUAGUCCCUCUGAGCCGAGGACACGUUUGUAACUCUACACCCUGUAGAGUGAAGCAACCUCUGCUGUGCUGUUUUGCUCCGACUGUCAACACUAAACUGCCUGCCCUUGACGAAACACUCAUUCCCCACAGUUGUUGUACGCUGUCCUCUGAAAGCAAUUUGUAGGUUGUUAUUUGCACUUUACUGUCUCCUUUAAAUGUGUUUUCUGGUGAUUUUGCUGGUUCUGUGCUUGUCAGCCAUACCGGGAUUGUGUUGGGUUUGCAGUGGAAGCGCAGCUCCACUCCAACGCAGUGGAGUUGUCUAGCAGGAUGUUUUAAUUUACAGUAAGCAACAAGGUCGUUUCUCUGUAAACCGGCUUUGUGCCGAUGUUCAGCACCGAUAGGAGAAAUCGGAGGCUUUGAAUGCCAACCAGAGAGACUUGGAAGAGGAAUGUUUUUCAAAGUUUUUGUUUUUGCCGAUGUCCGAUUAGUUUCUCUUUCUCCACUUUGUAGUUUUUCCCAGAAAGGAAAAACACGCAAAUUACAGACAAUGAUUGCAACAAUAAAAACUAAAAACGUUAGAGGUACGCCUGGUCGUAGAAAGCACCGCCUGAAUAAAGCUGCCUAACGGAAAGUUUCCAAUCACUCUUGUUUUUUAAGGUUGUUGCUGGUUGCUGGGUGCCGUGGAGCAGAGGAGCUGUGCCAUACCCCCCCCCAUUCGUCCUCUCAUGCUCCCCCCUGUGUGCGUCUCCCAGCCUAUCAGUGACCCCACACCCCCACCCAGCCCCUACCUGACCCAUCCCGUCGUGUUGCCGCCCAAGCCCCGAGUUCCCUUCUCACCCCAUGCUUGGGACAAAGCCAGCUCACUGCCAGCCCAAUGACUGCCUGGAUCGUCCUGCCUGUCAGCUUGGCUGCCUUCUCCAUCACAGGAAUAUGGAUAGUGUAUGCGAUGGCUGUGAUGAAUCACCAUGUUUGUCCUGUAGAGAACUGGUCUUACAACGUCACAUGCACAGAGGAGUUGCCCCGGCCUGGCUUCCCCAAGACCUGCUGCACCAUCCAGGACAUCCCCCUCAUCAGUAAAUGUGGCUCAUUCCCUCCUGAAAGCUGUUUGUUCAGCCUGAUUGGCAACGUUGGAGCCUUUAUGGUGGUGAUGGUGUGCUUCCUGCGCUACGCCCAGGUGAUCGAACACAGCCACCAGUGUUGGGUCAACACCAGCGCACUGGUGUCAGGCUGCACCAACGCCAUCGGUCUGGUCAUGGUUGGAAACUUCCAGGUUGAUCAUGCCAAGUCUCUCCAUUACGUGGGCGCCGGUGUGGCGUUUCCUGCAGGGCUGCUGUUUGUGUGCUUGCAGUGCGUCCUCACCUACCGAGUGGCUGUGACCGCCCUGGACUACUGGAUGGCUCACUUCCGGGUGGCUCUGGCGCUGGGAGCCAUGGUCUCCCUGGUCCUCAGCGGCAUCUUCUUCAUCCACGAGAGCUUCGUCCUGCAGCACGCCGCCGCCAUCUGCGAGUGGGUCUUCACCGUGGACAUCCUGGUCUUCUACGGCACCUUCACCUAUGAGUUCGGCACCGUCACCACCGAGACCAUGAUGGCCGGCCUGCAGCAGAGCCAGCACGGCUCGGGGGUCAUCAUGGACCCCAUGUCCAGGGCGUCGACGCUGGGCGGGGCCACCAAGGGCCUGAAGUCCCCCGGCGGCAGCAGCACGUCCACACACCUCAACUGCACCCCAGAGAGCAUGGCUAUGUUGUAGCUCCGUCUGGAAAAAAAACAAAACAGAAACAAAGUCACUGCAGAGGUGCUCCACUGGCAGCAUGUGAAGCAAGAGAGCAAAUUUGUAUAACUGUAACCUCAACGACACCAGGUAUUUCUACCCAUAAAUGCUCUACGGCCUUUAUUUUUGUUUUGUUUCUGUUUUUCUCCUCCCUUCUCAGUUCUCACAGCAGAUUUCGUUGAAUGUUUGGAGCCGGCUCGAAAACUGGAACCGUGAAUGUUUUCCAAGACAACGGUUAAAGUUGACGACUCUGCAUGAUGUUCGUCUCUAAAAAUGUGUCCCCCUGGGUUCUUGAUUUCAAAAGACAAAAGUUCCUGCCACCCUCAAAAGUCAUUUUCGACCCCACCACCCCCUCCUCUGACUCUCCAACGCUUCGCUCGGCCCACCCACCUCUUUUGGCCUUUUGCUUAUUUCUGCACGGCGCGGCUCCUGAAUGGAACAAAACCAGUUCAGUUUGGAUUUUUUUUUUUUUUUUUUUUUUUUUUUUUUUUGUA